AGCGCGGCAUUCCUCGUGAACAUGCAAGAAAACCGGUCUAUCCCUGCGCAUGCCUUUUCUGAAGGUGUCGGACCUCAGAUGUUCUGCACUCGACAGCGAUUUGUGCCAGCGAUCGAUUUACAGUCGCCAGUACGCUCCGCGCUCGCUGUAGAACACGUCGCAGGUCUGUGCGUCGUUCCACGUCGUAUCCGCAUGGCUGGCCAGCUCAGAACGGCGCCGAUCGCUCAGUCUCUUCGCUGGCCAAUCACAAGUGAUCGGCGCUGCCCCACGAUCUGCCUCCCGCGGUAUGACAAAAAUCGCAAGGGUACCGUCACUCAUAUAGGGAUUCACGAAGCUUCGAUCGCUCGUUCUGCGCCGGUCGCGGAACCAAUCCCAGCGGAUCGCAGCCAGUGUGGCUGCAUGCAUACAUAUGGAUCCACUCAAGAUCUACUUGACGGCCUAGACGAUCGCUCUUCGAUCAUGACUGGCCGUGGCGCCGCUUUCAACCACCGGAAUGGCAAGCGAUCUCCGGCGGUACAUCACGAUGUUUUCACCUAUCUCCACUGUCCAAAUGCAUCAAAUCGUCUUCUAAGAAGCAACUUUAGGAUAGCAUUUGCCCUCCGGACUUGCCCCGAGCAGGCAAGAGCACUACGGCAAGCACCUUCACCUCGUCACGUAAUGCUGACGAGCCUCUUUGUUCCCCUCAGUAACAUGUAGGCCCUUCCGAGCCCGUCGUACUUGCAGGUCCAACACGUCGUAGCACGAUGUGAGCGCUGUAUGGCUGAUGGGUUGGCGGAACAUCAUGUACAUAAUUUGCGAC